AUGUCUACUCCUUCGAAACGUCCAUCAUCACGUGCAUCUUCUGAAGCGGCAACUCCAUCCCGUAGGACAAGGUCCUCGCAACAACUUGUAGUUCCAGAAACUCCACAGCGAUCAUCCGGUACACCUUCCAAAGAUGGCACUCCAGGCACUCCAUGUGGUGCCCCUCGCACUCCAGGCACUCCUCGCGGUACUCCUCGCACUCCCAGUGCACAGAUUGCUGGCACAUCACCAGCACGACCUUUGGGAUCAAGUCCUCUUGGGACUGAUAUUGACAUGAGCUCUCCAUUAAAUUAUGGAACUCCAAGCUCUCUAAGCACGCCUCGGUCCCUCGUGCGUGGCGUGUCAACACCUGCGCGACAGCGAGCAGACUUAAGGGGACAUCAACUGGGCCCUAAUGUACCAGCGCCCACACCGCCAAGGAGAGGUGAUGCAGGAGAUACAGAUUCCACAUCUGGCGAGCCGCAGUUGGUUGUUUGGGGCACAGACGUCGCCAUUGCGGAAUGCCGUGAGAAAUUUAUUAAGUUCGUUCAGCGUUUUGUGGAGCCUACUGCAGUCACUAACGAACCUCUCUAUGAGACUAAGUUGGAAGAGAUACAUACUUUGGAGGAACCAUUCCUGGAUGUGGACUGUGAACAUGUCAAAAUUUUCGAUUCAAAACUACAUCGCCAACUUAUUUGUUAUCCACAAGAAGUAGUACCAGCUUUUGAUGCUGCUGUGAAUGAAUUAUUCUUUGAAAAAUAUCCGGCUGCAGUUCUAGAACAUCAGAUACAAGUUCGGCCUUUUAAUGCACCACAACGUCACAUGAGAGAUCUUAACCCUGAAGAUAUCGACCAACUGGUGACGAUAUCUGGUAUGGUGAUCCGUACGUCGGGCAUAGUGCCGGAGAUGCGCGAGGCGUUCUUCCGGUGCGCGGUGUGCGGGGCGGCGGCCGUCGCGGAGCUGGAGCGCGGCCGCGUGCCCGAGCCGGCGCACUGCUCGCAGUGCAACACGGCCCACUGCUUUCAACUCAUACACAACCGCUCGCACUUCAGCGAUAAACAACUCGUCAAACUGCAGGAGUCACCCGACGACAUGCCGGCCGGGCGGACGCCGGCGACGGUGAGCAUAAUGGCCCACGGCGCGCUGGUGGAGGCGGUGAGCGCGGGCGAGCGCGUGUCGGUGACGGGCGUGUUCCGUGCGGCGCCCGCGCACGUCAACCCGCGCCGCGCCACGCUGCGCGCGCUGCACCGCACGCACGUGGACGCGCUGCACUACCGCACCAUGAACAGCGACCGCCUGCUGCACGCUGACUCGAAGGAUCAACGCUUUCCACCGGAGCGCAUAGAACUUUUUAAAGCUUUAUCGCAGCAGGCCGAUUGUUAUGAGCGGCUUGCCCGUGCAAUUGCUCCCUCUAUAUACGAGAAUCUCGAUAUUAAGAAGGGUGUCUUGUUGCAACUUCUUGGCGGGACCAAGAAGAAUUUUAAUGCUGCUGGACGGACACAUUUUAGGUCUGAAAUUAACAUCCUGCUUUGCGGUGACCCUGGCACAAGCAAGUCGCAGUUGUUACGUUGGGUGCACGGGUUAGUUCCCCGUGCGCAGUAUACUUCGGGACGUGGCUCUUCCGCCGUCGGGCUCACAGCAUACGUCACCAAGGAUCCCGACACCAGACAGCUGGUGCUGCAGACUGGUGCAUUGGUGUUAGCUGAUAAUGGUAUAUGCUGUAUUGAUGAGUUCGAUAAAAUGAAUGAUUCUACGCGUAGUGUACUACAUGAAGUAAUGGAGCAACAGACGUUAUCAAUCGCUAAAGCGGGUAUUAUCUGUCAACUGAACGCUCGGACAUCAAUAUUGGCUGCUGCCAACCCAGCUGAAUCACAGUGGAACAAAAAUAAGACCAUAGUUGAAAAUGUUCAGUUGCCACACACUCUAAUGUCCAGGUUUGAUCUAAUAUUCUUAGUACUGGAUCCACAAGAUGACGCUUUCGAUAGGCGUCUAGCAUCGCAUCUGGUAUCAUUGUACUACAAAGACCCCUCUGACACCCAGGAAGAUGAGGACGUUGUUAACAUGGGUUUGAUGCGCGACUACAUCGCGUUCGCUAAAGAACACGUGCAGCCAACUCUCAGUGAGGCGGCGCAGCAGAGGCUUAUUGACGCAUACGUUGAUAUGAGACGGGUUGGCAGCGGCCGUGGACAAAUCUCGGCAUAUCCACGUCAGCUGGAGUCUUUAAUCCGACUAGCAGAAGCGCACGCGAGGGUGCGUUUGUCACCCGUCGUCGAAAUCUUAGAUGUCGAUGAAGCCGCCAGGUUGCACCGCGAGGCGCUGAAGCAGUCGGCCACGGACCCGGCGUCGGGGCGCAUCGACGUGGGCAUCCUGACGACGGGGCUGGGCGCGGCGGCGCGGCGGCGGCGCGCCGACCUGGUGGCCGCGCUGCGCGCCCUGCUGCAGCCCUACGCCAAGCCGCACACGCUCACGCACGCCAAGCUGCUGCACGACGUCAACGCCGCUUCACAGAUUACUGUAUCCCGAGAACAAUUGGACGAAGCGUUACGUGACCUGCAGGACGAGGGCAAAUUGACGAUCGUCAGUCACACACAUCUGCGACUUUGUUGA